CACUCAUCAAAUCUUCAGUCUUCAUCACCAUGAAAGGAUAAGCCAGCUAGGCCCUCCUACUACACACUCUCAUGUUUUCCUGUCCUGUACAUAAGAAAUCUUUCUUGCUUCCAUUUUCUUCUCAUUGGUUCAUAUCACUUGUGCCCUUCCCCCCACCCACCCAACCACUAUCCAUGUGCUCUUUGCCAAACUCAAUAAUAUAUGCUCAAGGGUACCCUUUUGGAAGAAUCUAACAAACCCAAACCUAAAUCCCACUUUAUUUUAUACCCAUUCCUUAGAUUUGGUUUUCCAUGAAGGAAGAAGCAUUGGAGGGGAAGAUGGAAGUAGAGGUUCCUCCAUUGUUUAGGUGCCCAAUAAGCUUGGAUUUGCUUAGGGAUCCAGUGACCCUGUGCACUGGCCAGACCUAUGACAGGUCCAGCAUUGAGAAAUGGCUGGCCUCUGGCAAAUCCACUUGCCCCAUCACAAUGCAGAAGCUCCAUGACCCUUCCUUUGUCCCUAACCACACUCUCCGCCACUUGAUUCAGGACUGGCUCCACCAUGUCUCUCUCACCGAUCUUGAAAUGGUCAAAAACAAGACUGCGCCUAACUCAUCAGCAAGAGAGUUCGAUGGUCACUCAUUGCUGCUCAAUCUCCGGUCCCUGUCCAUCCCCUUGGACCAUAAGGUUGAAAUGCUGGAGGAAAUUAUUGUUUUAGCAGAGGAUCUGCCGUUGAAGAACACUGCUUUGGUGCAAUUAGAUUUUAUCAAUGUGAUUCUUGAUCUGGUUUUCGGGUCAUCAGUGAAUUCAGAAAUGAUAACCAGCAUGAGAUUUGCAGAGCUAGGACUAGUUUGUGCAUUAAAGCUACUACCCUUCUCUGGAUUAGAGCCUAUGAACAUGCUGGCAAAUCAAGAAUCCAAAAUUACCAGCUUUCAAACCUUGUUUGAACUUGGCAGCUCUGUUAUCAAGAAAAGCCUCUGCAAUUUGAUGGAGGCCAUGGCUUCUUCUUCAUCCCCAGAGACAAGAAAGCUAUGUUCUCUUCUGGGAAAAUCUGGUCGGCUUCUCAGACAGCUGAAUGACACUAUCAAUGCCUGCUCUGAAGCCUCAUCCUCAGCCACGAAAGCCGUUUUAGCUCUGUCCUGUCUGGAACAGAUCAGGGAGGCAAUGGUGAGAGAAGGAGCAAUAGAUUCACUCAUAAAAUGCGUUCUUGAGAAUGCCCAGAAGUGCAAAACAAGCUCGGCACCGAUGGCGAUGAGAGCCAUUGAGUUGCUUAUAGAGACAAAGACCGGGAAAGAAGCGGUUCUCGAAAACCCGAAUGGAGUGAAAGCAAUGGUGAAGAUGGUGUUCAGAGUAUCAGAUCAUGGAGGGAGUGAGUCAGCUGUGAGUUGUUUGGUUAUACUCUGUGAGGAUUCAUUCAAGGCCAGAGAAAGAGCCAUAUGCAAUGGAGUUUUGACACAAGUUCUGUUGCUCCUUCAAAGCCAGUGUUCUGGGAGGAUCAAGAUUAGAGCAAGAUUGCUGCUUAAGUUGUUAAGAAGAUGAUGAUUAUCCAUAUUUCACCAAGUCAUGCCCCUCUUUAAUUUAAUACUGAAAGAGAAAAGUGCAGUUGUGUUACCAGAUGUCCUACUAUACUAUCAAAUUAUCAUUUGUGUUGCAUUACUUAAUAUGCAAGUUCAUUGAGUGAGGGGAGAUAUAAUGAUAAAUUUAUUUGAGGUACAUAACGCUUGUGUAAAAUUGACAAUCUCUGGUUUACUUGUAAAUUACUUCAAACAUUUCCAUAAUGAAAUUGCAAGUUCGCUUUUUCCAUGUUUUA